UGUCAAAAAAAUUUAGUCUUUGGCCAUUAAUCCAUAAAUGGUUGUGUUUACAUGUUAGGAUUUGCCUCAAAUGUAACUAAAAUAGAUGGGAUUAAAAUGUAUAUUUUUUAUGGAAACUGAUCUAAAAAAGUAUAUAUUAAAUAUGUUGUGUAUUUCGAUCUUUUUAACUUCUUAAUAUUUACAUCCUUUGCUCAAUUUAUUCGUGUAUUGCGCACCAGAAAAUAUGUUUCAUAAAUCCGAUAAUUCGUUUAGUUUUCGGCAAAGAUUUUGCAGAAAUGACGAUUUUGAUGAUGAAUUAAACGACUUGUUUAACAAAAAAUUUCAGUUUCGUUUUAAUUCUUUAUGGAAGCUGCCAGAUGCCGGCUCUUGGUUUUCUGUUCCGCCAUGGAAGGUGAAAGAGUUGGAGGUGUUGAAAAGCCGGCUGAACUUCCACAAGAGUCAGCUAAACGACUUUAAUAUCGAAGAGUGGAGCAGUCACACGCGGCGUCGGAACCCGGCGGGCGAGGUGGUGUGGAAAAUAAGGUGUCUCAUCAACCCUGAAUUUCUGACACAGGCUUGGACGAAAUUCUAUGAAUGUGCCUGCACGUACAGCGUGGUGCCAACGCAGGCUGUGGCCGACGGGAAGUUUGUCUCUCUGCACCUCUGUGAAGCGCCAGGAGCUUUUAUCACAUCACUUAAUCAUUAUUUGAAAUCUAAUCAUCAGAAUACUGAGUGGAAAUGGAUAGCCAACACUCUGAAUCCAUACUAUGAAGGCAACUCCCCAUCAAAUAUGAUUAGCGAUGACAGAUUCAUGUACCACACUCUUGACAACUGGGAUUUUGGAGUGGACAAUACAGGGAAUCUCAUGGACUGGGACAAUUCACAGGCCCUCAUUAGGAAGGCAAAGGCACUGGGAAAGGUGAUGUUGGUAACAGCAGAUGGCUCCAUAGACUGCCUCCAAAAGCCUGAUGCACAGGAAGAGGUUACGUCUCCCUUGCACUACUGUGAAAUUGUCACUGCGCUGCAAGCUCUAAGCCCCGGCGGAACUUUCAUAUUCAAGCUGUUCACUAUAUUUGAGCAUUCUACAGUAAGUUUGUUGUACCUCAUUAACCAUUUGUUCACUGAGGUCAACAUCUACAAACCUGUCACAUCAAGACAAGGAAACUCUGAGGUUUAUGCUAUUUGUCUUAAGUACAAGGGUACAAGUUUAUUGGAAAAAUACAUCCCAGUAUUGAAAUCGGCAUAUGGCACAGAAUUAUAUGCCAAUAUGUCACUAUUCCCACUGAAUGAUAUACCAGAAAGUUUCCUCAAACAGAUCCAAGAGUGCGCCUACUACUUUUGCUCAAUACAGUGCCAAGUCAUCAAUAAUAACCUUCAGGCAUACUUGAUGCAAAACAACAUAGCGUUGCACAGGAACAUAAAGAAAAUUCGAGCUAUUGUUGCUACAGAGUUCAUUUGGCGAUACAACUUAAAGCCAUUGGAAUUUGAACAGGAAAUGUUAAAGGGCAUUUUGCAUGAGGAGAACAAGAUCAACACAAACCCAAGAUAUCACCGAGGCUCAUACACAGAGCGGCAGCUGUACACAAAGAUGUCACUGCGUGAGAAGCUCAGUAACUUAAACUCCUUCCUUCACACGGAAGUGCUAUCAAAUCCUAUGAUUUUAAUUAGCGAACCGAUUAAAUGGAUCUCGUAUUAUAACAACACAAUUGAACUUAAACAUGUGUUUACGUAUGGACAUCCUUUGCAGAGAAUCAACAGUUCCAAGUUCAUAUUUGUGCCGAUUUUUAAACUUUAUCAGCAGAUAUUGGCUGAGGAGGAGUUUAAAGACAUUAUCUUUUGUGAAGAAAUAAGGAAACAGGUCUCUGAAACUGGUGACAUAGGAGUGGAAGUAGGCAAAGUUUUGAACUUACCAGAUUUUGAUUAUGUGGAGAGUUAUAAUUCUUAUGAGAAAAGGUGUUUUAAGAUGGUUUUAGACAUUUUGAGAGAGAUGACUGUUGGUGAGACGUUGCUGUUGCACAAUUUUAACACACUGACACAUUUUAAUGUAAGCAUAUUGCACAUUAUAUCUAGGAAGUGCUUUGAAAAGACUGGUUUUUUAUCUCGAGGAGGAAUCACCCUAAGCAACUUCAUGGGCAAGUCUGCAGUAAAAUAUCUAGAGGUUGUUGGGGAGGAGUGUGAGAAGGUGAAAAAGGAAGGCGCAAAAGAUGUGCUGAACUCUCUCCCGGUACAGGCGACAAACGCUGGGGAGUUCUUCAAUAACAUUGUCUUCUAUAAUAACACAUUCUACAGGAACAAAUGCAUAGAACAUCUCUCGAGGAUUGAAAAGUUUAUAUAAGAUAUUUAUGAGACUAUUUUUAUGAAUCCCUUUGUUAUUGAUGUUAUGUAUACGUACUUGUUGUUGAAUGUGUCUAUCUAAAAGAGUUUUAUAUGUCGCGUUUAGCUAUUUGUGGAAGUAGUUAACAAACGUAUCUAAUUUUAUAAAAUCAAAUUUUAUAAUAUCUUUCUAUUCCAAUUAUAAAUCCAGAUAUUGAAAGUCUUCUUUUGUCAGGUGUGAUAUUGUUGUGUGAAAUUAUAUAAUUAGGCCUAUUCAUUAUAUUAAAUGGAGUACCAUUUGCUUCAUUCCUUCAAUAAACUGUAUUUAAUGAACAGAUCAUGCAAAGGCCAUUAAAAUAUAAAGUUAUUACAUGCAAUGUUUUUAACAAUAAUAACUAUUGUGCUAGAAUAAAUUAACAAGUAGCGAUGUGUAAAACUCUUUUCUUUUGUAAAUAAAUCUUCCUGAAUGUGAUAUAAAGUCUAUAUAUAAAUCCAUAACGUAACUUUCAUAAAA